AAAAUGAUUUCUAGUGUGACUGGCUAGCAUGUUUUUGGGGAUAUUUCCCAGAUGAAAGCUGCUGAUCUACACUUGGUUCAGGUGGUUCUCUUAGUGUGUAACCUGUUGGCUAUUGACUACAGCCAGUGCUGUUUUUGUGUCUGUCAUAUACUGGAGUAAUUUUCAUCUCUUCAGUUAUAGGGAAGAAACAGUGGAUUGUGAAGAAACUUGUUGCAACUCCUUUGUGCCUAAAGUUUAUACAGCACAGUCUAGUUCCUGGCACUAUUACAUCUGAAGGAAAAUCUAGUAAUUAAAUGGAAGAAAUCUGUGUAUCAUGACAAGUUUCCAGCUCGAUGUCCAUACAGCUUCCUUUCAGCUGCUCUCUGCCUUUCCCAGCACCCAAAGGAGCACACAAGGUCACCUAAGGAGACUGCUGUAAACGACAGGACACUCUACAUCAGAGCAUCCCUGUAUAUGCUAAGACUCAAAGCCAAGUGCUCCUUUUUAACUGAUAGGACACUCUUCUACAGCUAGCAGCUUCCUGAUUUUGUUGAGUAAACUGCUUCUCAUAAUAGGAAGGGCUGUUUCUUUUCAUCCCUUGAAGUGCAAUACAAAGGCCAAAUCUCCACCCAUUCUGAACACGGCAUUCCUUUCAACCAAUCUUAUAAAAAGGUCGGAAAGUUAAAAAAGUCUGCUGUUCAAAACUGCCCAAGCUCAACAAAAAAGUGCAUAAAGGUAUAAAUUUCAAAAUUACUCCGAUGGAAAUAAGGAAAUAUUGCAAGCGUUGUCCUCCACCAGGCCCUCCGAUGGUUCCUGGACCCCUUCCACAGUUAAAAUGACGGGGAGCUGGCUGAAAAGCGUCUGCCUGCCACUACAUUUCACAGUGCUUUACUUGGUUGAGGGCUCUCCUUUCACAGAUAGGACAUGAGUGUAUAUUACUUUCAUUUUUUGUUUGGGAAAGGCUUCAGUCAGUACUGUUUGUUCAUUCACUCAGGCUCCUUCAUCUUGUUAAUGUUAGUCUGGCAGCUAAACUUGGGGAAGGCUUGUCUGGUGCCUCUGGACUUUGUGUCGGUUGCAUAUUCCUCCACACCAAACAGGGAUUUAGCUCCUCAGAUAAGAGAAAGAGGAGAGCUGGCUGAAUCACUUUGUUUUGCAUUUUUGGAUUGCCUAAAAGGUGGGGAAGGGAUGAUGUUAUUGUUUCUAGCUACCAGUAUAUAUGCAUAUUUAACCUUUUCUAUGAAUGAUUUAUUUUGUAUUGACAGAAGGAUUUUGUUUGUAGCUAGGCACGUGAUUAUUUUUCCUGCAGCCUUUGCUCUUGGUGCUUGAAAUCCACUUGGAAGUAAAUUUCUAGCAAAUGAGAAAGAGCUCAUCUUUUAGAAAGGGCUGAGAAACUAGAUAAGCAGGUUGUUAAAAUAGUGGUAAAGGAGCAGAUUCAAGUACAGUGGUAAGCUCUUCAGUAUCUCAUCUAGGGUUUAAAUCUGGCUUUAAAAGCAAAGGGGGCUGUUCUUUAACUUCCUAGAAGAUUGUCAUCAGGUAGUUAUUAAACAACAUACUGAAACGGUGUUAAGGCUAAUCAGAUUAAAUCUCUUUCUCCGGAAACCAGAAGGCAGCUGUUCUUUCAAGGCACCUGAGUUGUGUGAUCACCUCAAUAAACAAAACUUACUGGAGUGCGAAGUAAGUGCUAAGAAUAAUACCAAAGGGUUGAAUAACAGAAAAACUGAAGCACCCUCUGCUGACCUCUUAACAGUGACUGGGGUCUUCACUCAGGUAUCUUCCGUCCUUUCCUAACUUAUGCUGCUAUCUCUCUGCCUGGGGUGAGUCCUUAAACCAGAAUUACUUGGAUGUUCAUAGAUUUGGGUUUUUUUACUUCUAGCGAAUAUGAGGAGGAGUAGAAAGCUCUUCUGCUGUUGGGCAAACUGCAGAUUGACAAUAGUAGUUUUUCCUUCAGUACUCAAGUACUGCUUCUCUUAACAUAGCUUUCAGUAUGAUAGAAGUGGUCUUGGUGCCCUUCAGAAUUUGGGGGAGUUGAAUGGGGACAGCCAGGGGCCUGUUGUAACCCACACAGGCAAAUGCAAUUCUGAAGGGUUGAGUUUAUGGGCACUUGCAUGUGGCCAUGCUCUCGUAUUGGCAAUGUUUCUAUCGUACUCAGCAAUUGAACUGAUUUCUGGGUCUUCCGUGUGCUUGUUAUUACUUUAUUUUCUUAUUGCUUUUGAGAUUAGAUAGACCUAACUCUCCACUUCCUAUUUUUGAAGAGCUGUCCAUGCGUAGCAUUUUUCUAUCGAGGAUAAAAGAGCUGCCAGUCCUCCUCACAAGAUCUGAGUCAGGAGGUUGGUGAAGGAGCAGUGUUUGAUUGUUCUGCUGAUGAUCACUAGGCAAAUAUAUUUUAUUUCUAUUUUGGCUUUUGUAGCUCACAGAAGGAAUCUGUAGAAUACAAAUGAUAAGUAAAUGUAAAAAGCAUUUUUGGUAUUAAAUGUGUUUGCAGCAGGGUUUUUACUCUGUUGAAUAUGGCCGUGUGUGUUCACAGCUCUGUAUAAAGCAUUGCUAAAAGGUACGAAGAUUCUGUGCUCUAUUGUGAGCUUAAGCCCAUUUCUUUUGUAUCUGAAAAAUGCUGUGUGAUUUUUGUCUUUGCCCCCACCAUCCAUCCAGUCCAUCCAGUGUGCUCCACACCCUCCGAUCCUCCUUCAGGAAAAACUUUCUCUCUGAUUGCAAAAACAUAAGCCCCAAAGUCCACAAGCACAAUUACAGAAAUAUUCUGGGUGUCUGGAGGGAUACGGGGACAUCAUCCAAAGCACCUGAGUAUUUUUACUGUUUCCCAGACAGGCCUCAACCUAAGGUUGAGGGCUGUUCAAGUUAAAAAUGUUAUUUGUGGGAGGUUCUGGUCUUGACUGAACAAACUUAAAGCAGGAAUCCUCAAAUUAUUUCAGCGUGAAUUGUGACUGCUGCCCAAACAUGCUUUUUUGUUUCAUCUAGGGGUAUCGGGAUGUCAUGUGUCAGCCCCUGAAGGUGAUUCCUCAACAGAGUUUGACUUUUAUGUACCAGGCCAUGUUCCCCAUGUGGUAGAACAGAGCUACCAUCUGAUCAUGGCUUCACUCACCGGCAUCUGUUCUUCCUUUUGUCUUCUUUCACUUCUAUGUAUAUUUGUUUGGCAUUACCUGUGGAGAAACAUACUUGUUUAGUGGCUUUUCGAAGUACACAAGCUGUAUGCUUAUAUAAUGCAGUAAACUUAGCUUGUCCAAGCUGACAAAUGCAUUUGUUUGUAUCUUGUGGUUUUGUGUGCAUUCGGCUGUCAAGCAUGAAAAUUGCACAGCCUUCAAGUUCCAAUAAAGAUGUUUCUGAAGUAUCCCUAUGCCUGCCGGAACAGAUGUUGGAUCCUGGUCUGACCUUGUCAGCUAAGUGAGCCGGCUGGCCCCUUGCUUUGUUUGGAGCUUAGUACCACUAGCUAACACCAAAUCGGUCUGUCUUACUUGGCGCUAUGACUAUGAAUUGUCAGGGGCAUGGGAGAAAUCAUCGCUGCUGACAGGGAGUGCUGAGGCAGAGGCAGGUUUUGGUAUCUCUUCUUUCAAAGUGGGUAUUAGAAGAAAUAAAAUUAUGUGUUCUUUAUACAAAAUAUGACUCCAAAAGGUGUAAUGGGAACUCUUGCUGUUUGGUUUUCAGCCCUCUAGACUGUGUGGCCCACAGCUGAUGCAAGGGCCCACAUAUAGUUGAAGAAUUCAGGAUUUUAGCUCUGGAGAAGUUCUGCUUAUCCAAAGUAUGGACUUCAGUGGUGAUUUCUUGUGAUGGCAUUUGCCAAGGAAAGCUAAAAUCCUUCAUGGACAAUGUCAACUCAAAUGAUAAAUUCAGGUGAAACAUAAAAGCAGAGGAAUGAACGCUUCCUGUUGGAGAUUUAUAUAUUCUUAUAAGACAACUCUUGCCAAAGCUGAGUGGAAGACUCCUGGUGACUUCAGUGUUCAUUGGAUCAAGUCUGGAGAUCUGUUGCCUGAUUCUAUUUUGUCCAACGUUACUGCCUACCCCCUCAUGAAUAGUUUUAGCAAACUAUUGUCAGAUGGUGAAUGCAGAUCUAUUUCAUAUCCAGUUUUUACUGAAGUUUGUUCUGAGAAUUUGUCCAAAGCUUAGCAAUGACUUUCUCUUCUUACAGGCUGAAGAUGAGGGGAAAACCCCCUUAUACAUCGGGGUUUUUUGCCUCGGAUCAACCAGUUCUUAUUAAAUGUGAGCAGUUGUCUCCAUCACAGCGAGUUUCUCUGCAGGACUCAUCAAGCAUUACUUUUGUACCAAGGACAGUUUCAGUUACAGGAUUUGAGCACCUCUGUUUCAAGGCACCAUGCAAUCACCUUAAAGUCACAGUGUUAAGGACCAGCACUGCUUUGGUGUAAGGUGGCCUGGAUACUGAGAUUUCCUCUUAAUACAGCAAUCAAAGGCAAAGGCUGAGAUAACUGCCCUGGCCAGUUAGACCUCCCAGAUCCUAAUAAGGCAGAGGUGUCCUCCCAGCAGCACCGUAGGUCCAGGGGAAUCCAGAGGUGCAGAAACACCCUGUCUGCAGCGCGGGAGCAUGACAGCACUGCAUUGGCAGCAAAGACUUCUCUCCCAUGGCGUCCUCCAUCAUUCGUUCACCCUGCAGUUUCACCAGCUGUUCAGGCAAAUUAUGCCCCCUAUUUCUUUGAUAAUGGAGCCAGAAGCACAAAUGGGAACAUGGCACUUUUCAGCCUUUCGGAGGACACACCUGUGGGUACCCAUGUGUACACUCUGAAUGGAACUGAUCCAGAAGGAGAUCCUGUGACGUAUGGCCUGGCUUAUGAAGCUGGAUCAAGACGCUACUUUUCUGUUGAUAAAAACCUUGGAAAUGUUACACUGAUCGAGGAGCUUGAUAGAGAGAAGGAAGAUGAAAUUGAAGUUAUUGUCAGUAUUUCAGAUGGCCUGAGUACAGUUUCUGAAAAAGUCAGGAUCCUUGUAAUGGAUGCUAAUGAUGAGAGCCCGGAAUUCAUCAAUACACCUUACAUAGUCCAAGUUCCAGAGAACACUCCCUCUGGCAGCAGUAUCUUUAAGAUCGAGGCAGUGGAUAAAGACACAGGUUCUGGAGGAAGUAUCACCUAUUUCUUGCAGAACAUCCAUGCUAAUAAGUUUACAAUAGACCGUCACAGUGGUGUCCUGCGCAUCAAAACAGGGGUCACCCUGGACUAUGAGAAAUCAAGAACACAUUUUGUUGUUGUCGUAGCCAAGGAUGGUGGUGGGAAGCUCAGGGGAGACAACAAAGUGUUUUCAGCCACAACAACAGUUACUGUCAAUGUGGAGGAUGUUCAGGACACUCCUCCCAUGUUCAUCGGGACUCCCUACUACGGAUAUGUCUAUGAGGAUACACUUGCAGGCUCUGAGGUCCUUACUGUUGUUGCUCUUGAUGGAGACAGAGGAAAGCCUAACAGUAUUCAUUACUGCAUCGUGAACGGAAGUGAAGGUUCAUUCGAAAUCGGCAACACAACUGGAGCCAUUUCCGUUAUAAAAAGCCCAAAUCAGCUCAAGAAAGAAGUGUAUGAACUAAAAGUUCAGGCAUCAGAAGUCAGUCAGGAAGGUGACGUCUCAGUGUACGCUUUUGCCGUGGUGACUAUACGGGUGGUCGACCUUAACAACCAUCCACCAACGUUCUACGGAGAAAAUGGUCCCCAGAACAGAUUUGAACUGACCAUGUACGAGCAUCCCCCAGAGGGUGAAAUCUUGAGGGGACUGAAGAUUACGGUCAAUGAUUCAGAUCAGGGAGCCAAUGCUAAAUUCAACCUCCGUCUUGUCGGACCUGGUGGUAUCUUCCGUGUGGUUCCCCAAACUGUCCUGAAUGAGGCUCAGGUUACAAUAAUAGUGGAAAAUUCUGCUGCUAUUGACUAUGAAAAAUUCAAGGUGUUAACCUUCAAGCUUCUUGCAAUAGAGGUGAACACACCAGAGAAAUUCAGCUCAACAGCUGACGUAGUGAUUCGCUUGCUGGAUACCAAUGACAAUGUCCCAAAGUUCUCCUCCGACUACUACAUUGCCAGGAUCCCCGAGAACUCCCCGGGGGGCUCAAACGUAGUUGCUGUUACAGCUACAGAUCCAGAUUCAGGGCUUUGGGGAGAAGUCAAGUACUCUGUCUAUGGAACAGGAGCAGAUCUGUUCCUAAUCCACCCAUCAACCGGUAUAAUUUACACCCAGCCCUGGGCUGUAUUAGAUGCUGAAGUGAACUCAAAGUAUAAUUUCUAUGUGAAGGCAGAGGACACCGAUGGGAAAUACAGCUUGGCUGAAGUGUUUAUCACUGUGCUAGAUGUCAAUGACCACUCUCCAGAGUUCAAUGAAAACAUCCAGGAAAAGACGAUGAUCAUCGGGUCACCAGUGAAGAUAGAGGCUAUAGAUCAAGAUGCAGAAGAACCCAACAACAUUGUGGAUUAUUCCAUCAUGCAAGCAGAUCCAGCCAAUGUCUUUGAUAUAGACCAAAGCACUGGGGAAAUCAAGCUGAAAUCCUAUAUCCGCUCCCUGGACAUCAUCCACAACAUCACAAAGAACAAAGACUGCAUAUGGUCAUUGGUGGUGCAGGCCAAAGACCGAGGCUCCCCGUCCUUCAGCACCACGGCAGUUCUGAAGAUUGAUAUCACAGAGGAGACUCUUCACAAAGGGCCUAUGGCCGCCUUUUUGAUGCAAACUAAAGAUAACCCCAUGAAAGCCUUAGGAGUGCUAGCUGGUGUCAUGGGCAUAAUGGUGCUGAUAACUAUCAUGAUCUCUACUGCCAUGUUCUGGCGCAAUAAGCGGUCCAACAAAAUCACGCCGGUGAGAAGGAUCAUAAAAAAGAGACAGACCCCGCAGCCCCGGGCAGUCAGGAUGGAGUGGCUGAAGUUCAAGAGGCCCAGCAAUGCUGCGGAGAAGUUUGUCGUUGAGGACGACUCCAAGAGCCUACACAACGAGAACAGCAACAACAACAUCCAUGUUGCCCCCGUGCCACCGACGGCCCCUGUGCCCCCACCGCCCCCCGCCCUGGCUCCCAGGGGGGACGCCCCGGGGUGGCGGGUGCCAACCGUGUCCGGCUCCCUCACUCCCAAGUUUAUAAACAAGCAGCUGAAGAAGAGAGGUCAUGGCAGCGCCCACAAUGCCCUCGUGUCAGAGCUUAAACUGAAGUUUGAGAAGAGGAACGCAGCUAUCGGUGAGCCCCACAUCUAGGCACUCUUGGCAGUGCCCAGAGACUGCGGACUGUGGCUGUGCGUGGAUAUAUUUAUGUGCUGUGGUCUUCCCCGUGUCUGUCAGCACCCUGCGAGCUGAGAGCAGCUUCUCGCUCUGAUAGCCACCCCUCACCUUCUGCAAGUGUUACGUGCUACGGAGUCACCCCACCCAUAGCAAACGCUGCAGUCCGUGUCCAGUUUCGACUGCAGUUCCUUUGGCUCACGUCCCCGGGCUGGUCUCUCCCUGCAGCCAUCUGACAGGGUGCUGAGUACCCUCGCGCCAGCCACAGUCUCCCCAAGCGAACGGGGAUUCAGAUUGCCCCCAUUUCGGAGGUCCCUACCCACAGUCCUGGUUUUCAAACAAGGCACUCUGCAGCCAAGGCACUGGAGGAUGCCACUUCUGACCCAGUCUGGCAGGUGGGUUUGGGGUGUCCAAAAACCCAUUGCGUCAAAUCCUAGACCCGCUUUUGAAGACGUUGGCCUGGCUGUGGCACCAGCACUGAGUUGAUGUGCAGGUCUCCUACAGCAGUGACACUGCACGCUGCAAGGGGGUAGCGUGUAGCUGAUACCUUGCUCUCCGAGGUGGUACCUGCUGCCCUAGGUGGUAUCUGUCGUCUUCAGGGCGCGACACGCUUUGCAACAGCUGGUGGAGUGAUGUGCUCGUGGCCUGAGUAGCUCCGUUCCCAAAAGGUAAGCGGGCAGGCUUGGAGAAGUUCUUAAUUUUCCUGCAGCUUGUGGUGGGUUUUGCCAGAGUACAUUGAGAUGAUGCUGCACUUCGCUUCUCUGCCCUGGACUUGCCUGCUUAUCAGGGGACAGGAGGGCCACCUCCACCUUCCCUAGACUAGCGGGGGCAAGGCUCAAGCACAGAAGUUCAAUAGCAGCGCUCGCUCAGUACUGCCUCCCUCUGACACCGCGUCCCCUAAUGAGGGGGAGGCCAGCAGGAGAAGGCCAUGAUUAAAGCAGCAGGGGAGACAAGGUAAAACUGAGAGAAAAACGAUAAGUGAAAAAUAAAGACAAGUGCUGGGAAGUCGCAUGUGUCGGUCAGGAAGGUGUCUGGAAAGAUCAUUUGGUUUUGUACACUGCUAGCAGGAGGUGUCAGGGAAUGUAUUUCACCACCUCUCCUGGCUUGCUCCAAGGACUGCUGAGUGCAAAAGGAGGUUUCCAUAAAAUAUUCUGGCUUGUCCUAUCAGUAUUUUUGAGUGAAUUAUGCAACAGUUAAUGGGGAUGUAGGGUUGGGGGGGCAGCUGACACUUUUUUUCCUGUUACGUGACAGUAGAAAGGCACCAAAGGCAGAGCACAUUUUUCACUGGAUCUACCCCACAGUUUCUCCCUCGCGUUUGUUUCUGAGGAGAUGUUUUUCAGCUGGGCCUGGCUGUUUCCCAUCCCUUGGGACGAAGGCAGUGUGUGCCGGGCUGGCUGGGGAGCAGCGCCUGAGCCCUGGCCCCGCAGGGCGGCUGUGCUGUGCUGGAUUGGCACCACGAACAUCAAGAUGGGGAGCAAACCCUACAGGCCGGGACACUGUUAGUUCAAGGGGGUUGUGAGACUCUUCUCCAGCUGUCAUUGCAGCUGGAGCAGCAGACCUGGCCCUCAGGGGCUCUUCUUUCCUCACCCCAUUCUGAUUCCCUUUGUUUGCAGCAGGACUCCAUCAGCUUAGAGGGGGGAAUAGCUGGUUGAAUGAGAAGUUGCCCAUUUAUGGGAAAAAAAUCUUGUCUUUUUUAACUUCAAUCCAGCUAGAAGCCAGAGGGUGACCACGGCUUGUGUCACCCGCAGCUGAGCCAGGAGCUGUAGCUGAGAGCUGCAGCAGGGUCCGGGCUGGGGGUGGUGGCAGCAGCGCUGUUCCCGGAGCCUCUCCUGACAUGUCUCUCCUUUCCCACACCAUUUUCUUGCUCAUCCCUCCUCCCGGGGCUGCGUGGUGAGGCCCAGGCUCUCGUGUUGUGUGCCGUCACCUCAUCCUUGUCCUCCAGCCACAAGUCCUCCAGUGGGAGGGAGGGGAUGUGCAGCCUCCGGCCCCGCUCCUGGUGCCCUGUGCAAGCAGGUUUUGUCUCCAACAGGUUCUGCAACCUUUCCCGAGGUACCAAGUUUGUGAUUUAUUCCCCGUUACUACUGUUUUCCCGAUGUUGUGUUGAAGCCAGUAUUCAAUUUUCAUUCUCCAAUGAGGAAAGCCUAUAAAGACCUUUCAAUUAAGUGAGAUUUAACAGGAAUUAUAGGCUUAUAGUCUUAGAGAUUAUAUUUAAGAGGGAAUAAAAGAUGUUUUAUUACUAUGUUGUGACACUUUUUUCCAGUUACUCUGUAUUUCAGAUUCAGGGUGGCUUU